CGACGCCUCAUGUCAUUCCAGCCCGGCCCCCGUAGCAACCAAUCAGAACGCGGCAGAAGGGCUGGUGUCAAUGUCAAACGGUCGCGAGGAGCUCUGGGUGGAAGUCAGGUACUUCAGUUCGCGGGACCUCCCCCGGGACCGAGGACGAAGGACGAGGGUCAGCGCCAGCGCCGCCCAGGAAAUGCUGGAAGGUCUAUCUUCUUGUGUUCCAACAUAACCUGAUGAAAUGUUGGUGACAAUGCAAGUAGUGUAUUCAGCACUUCGAAAUGGAGAGAGACGUAUGGUCUGUGCCACAGUUCGCCACCGCUGUAGCUUUGAAAACUGCCUGUCUACUAAAGCUGAUCAACACACAACAGGCAGAUACUUCAUAAAGACUUUACCAACUCCCUUACUUGGAUCACACAGGCCAGUAGUGUUAUUUGGUCAUCUCCAUCUGAGGAAUUACAGGACCACAGUUGUUCAGCCUUACAGCCUUACCCCUCCUCAGGUUAACAGCAUCUUGAAGGCAAAUGAAUUCAGUUUUAAAGUACCGGAAUUUGAUGGGAAAAAUGUUAGUUCUGUUCUAGGGUUUGACACUAACCAGUUACCAUCCAAUUCUCCAGUUGAAGAUCGAAGAUGUGCUGCUACAUGUUUGCAGACUCGGGGAAUGCUGUUGGGCGUUGUUGAUGGUCAUGCAGGCUGUGCUUGUGCACAGGGAGUCAGCGAGCGACUCUUCUACUAUAUUGCUGUUUCUUUGUUAAGUCAUGAGACCUUGUUGGAAAUAGAGAAUGCAGUGGAUAAUGGCCGCGUUGUACUGCCACUUUUACAAUGGCACAAACAUCCUAAUGAUUACUUCAGUAAAGAGGCUUCAAAAAUGUACUUUGAAAGCUUAAGAACCUAUUGGCAAGAGUUAAUUGAUCUCCAUACAGAGGAGACAGCUGACACCAUGGAAGCACUGAUAAAUUCGUUCAAAAGGCUGGAUAAUGAUAUUUCAUUAGAAGCUCAAGUGCGUAGUGAUAACUCGCAUCUCAAUUAUUGGCAGUUACAAGUGGCAUUUUCUGGCGCCACUGCUUGUGUUGCACAUAUAGAUGGUGUAGAUUUGCAUAUUGCUAAUACUGGUGACAGCAGAGCAGUGCUUGGUGUUCAAGAAGAAGAUGGAACCUGGUCUGCAGUCACACUGUCCAAUGACCAUAAUGCACAGAAUAAAAGUGAGGUUGAAAGAGUUAAAUCUGAACACCCAAAAUCUGAAGCAAAAACUGUUGUUAAACAGGAACGUUUACUUGGUUUGCUAAUGCCAUUUAGAGCUUUUGGUGACGUUAAGUUCAAAUGGAGCAUUGAGCUGCAAAAGCGAGUACUUGAGUCUGGUCCAGAGCUAUUACAUGAAAACGAAUGUACAAAAUUUAUUCCGCCCAAUUAUUACACUCCCCCAUAUCUAACAGCUCAGCCUGAAGUCACUUACCAUAAAUUAAGGCCUCAGGAUAAGUUCCUUGUGUUAGCCACAGAUGGGCUGUGGGAAAUAUUACAUAGACAGGAAGUUGUAAGAAUAGUUGGGGAACAUCUAACUGGUGUCCAUCUUCAGCAGCCUAUUACUGUUGGGGGUUACAAAGUGACAGUUGGUCAGAUGCAUGAAUUGUUAAUGGAGAGAAGAGCUCGUAUUUCAUCUACAUUUGAGGAUCAGAAUUCUGCAACUCAUCUUAUACGGUAUGCAGUAGGUCACAAUGAGUUUGGGGCAAUCGAUCAUGCGCGAUUAUCGAAAAUGCUUAGUCUUCCUGAAGAUCUGGCACGAAUGUACAGAGAUGAUAUAACCGUGACAGUAGUGCAGUUUAAUUCUCAUGUUAUAAAUACACAUUACAAGCAUAAUUCAGAAAACUAAAAUUCAUGCUGGGAAGUGUUCAAAUGCGAAAGGUGGUUGAAGAAUUAUAGAAUGAUAGUACUUUUAGUUUAAGAUUAGGUCAUUAUGACUACUUAGUCUCCAGAACCCAGAUCUGAAUAUUGACAGCUCAAAUUUAAUAAUUUAAAACAAAAGUAAUGGAAGUAAAAUCUAGGUAGGUAUACACUGAUUUGUAAUUUAUUAAACACUUAGCCAUGUAUGAAGUGGAAAUUAGUCUGAAGGCAACCAAGUACAAUGCAAUUCAAAUUGAAGUCAUGUCUGUAGCGUGAAAGAGAUACUGUAACAUUAUACUGACUGUAAAUAUAUUGCUACCCACACUGCAUAAAAAUUGGUAUGGAGAGUAGAAAUGGAGGAGUUAAAGUUUGUGCUUGUUUUGUAUUUCAGAUGCUUUGCUUUGUUGAUUUGAAUUUAAGUAUAAAUACAGGAUGGCUCAAAACAGUCACUUUGAAGUUUUAAACUUUUAGAAAUAAUUGUUGAUGCCAUCUUAAGUUGUUUCUUUAAGAAUUCAGUCAAAUAGCUUUCGGUAGGUCUAUCAAAGACAACCAUUUUUCUUGUAAGAAAAUUUAUAAUAUCCACUGAAAUGCUUGUUGGAAGGUUUGUGUGAUUUUAACUUUAUAAAUACAUAUUAGAAAAAAAAUUGUCCUUUCAAACUCAUAUCCAAAGGUUUAUCCUGAGCUUACAGUUAAGAGAAGAGGGUUUCUAAAUAUUGCUUUAUGUACUGUAAUUUUUGUUUCCUUGGCAUGCACAGGAUAUUUUAGUUAUUAAAUAUUUAGCUGUUGGAAUAUUUAUUAUAAAGCUACUGAAAUGUAUUUAAAAAGUUUUUUUUUGUUUUGAGGAAAUAAUUAUGAAAACAAACUGCAGCAAAGCUGCAACCCUGUUUUCAGUAGAUGUAUUUGGUACACAUGUUUGCAUCUUGUUGCAUGAGUUGCUCUGGAUUAAAUCUAAUUAUCUAUUUCUUAUGGAAAAGACCUUAAGGACUGCAUGAUUGGACCUUUCUUUGCCAUAGCUAUUGUUACAAAUAACAAGUGGAAAAAAAAAAAUUAUUUAUGUAGUAACCCCACUAAAAUGUAAUGGUCUCUCUGUGGACUGACCUUCCCAACCUGGCUUCACAUUGUCUAGCGUUGAAUUUGAAUGCACGUGAUACAUGACCACUUCGCGCAUCUGUGGCUUAUUGAGAAAAUAAAAUUUUUCAAUGAUUGGCAAGUUUAGGAUAAGGGAGCGUGUUUUAACACUUAGAACCAGUGUAGGAGAAUUCGAAAUAAAUUUUUCACAAAGAGCAACGGAAGUGUUUUGGAACACUUCUACAAAUAUUAAUUGGUGCUCACUUGUUGAUUUGUAAAUAUGAAUUUGAUAGCUUUGUAAAGCAGUGCUAAUGGUGAAAUUGGUUAUGUUAUGUUGUUUGUUAUUAUUUUGAGAAAUUAUUGAACAUUAAUUAAUAAAACUGUAGUAUUGCAGUGCUAACAAGGCAAAUCAAUCAAAAUUCACUCACAGAUUACAUAGAUAGUGAUGACGAUUCAUCCCAGUGAACUAACAUACCUACACACAGUUAACCUGGCAUCUUUCCAUUAGUGUUCUCUCAUCAAAACAAUUGGUUCUUAAGCAAAUCACAAAGUUUGCUUUUGCUAUUGCAUGCCAAUUUCACACUGGUUUUUCACACUGUUGACCUGUCUCUCUGAUUUCCCUCCAACGAACUCACUUUCAAGGCAAAAUAAAUCAUUAAUUCCACUCCCUCCCUCAUGUCAUCUUCUGUCUAUUAUAAUAUAGUUCAGUAUUCUGUUUGCUAUUAUGUUUAGCCUUUUGCUACAGAGAAACCUCAGUGCUGGGCAGAGCUGUGUAAUCAAGAAAAGAGAAGACAGCAGCUUCCAUCACUCCCAGUGGAAGGUAACGAAAAGACCAUCGGAUCUGAGCUGUCGCCAGCAAUGGCCUGUAUUCACAAUGCCAGACGACACACAGCACUCAGAUCCAUUCCUCAUUGCUGGCCUCCACUUCCCCAAUGUCAGUCUUUUCAGACUACUGUGCCUUUACACCGAGCAUUUUGUUGCCUCAGAAGUGCCAACAGAGGGCAGGGAUUCACGCCAGGUUUCUAGCACAGCAGCUAUAAUGAUUCCUUUUAACAUCUGUUCUGAUAGGUGUUCCACAAGUGCACCCCUCCUAAAGAAUUAAAACACAGAUUUCUUUGUUUCUUUAUGAAUUUGCCAGCAGUUAAUUUGAGAAAAGUGAACCAUUCUCUUCUAACUACGAUCAUCAUGAAUUGCAGGUAUUAGCGUAUUGUCUUAAAAAACUAAUUUCAAAUUGAACUGCAACAAAAUAAUUCCUGUAAAAGCUCCACCGAUAUUGAUUAUGCAGCAAUGUAUCAUUCACAGAAGACAAUAUUCAUUGACUAGCUCGUGACUGAAGUCAUGAGCUGCUAUAGUACUGUGGAGAUACGGGACUGCUGCUGCUGGAAUCUGGAGCGACGCACAAACCACUGGAGGAACUCAACAGAUCAUAUAGCAUCUACAUUGGGAAAUGGACAGUCAAUAUUUUGGGUUGAGACCCUUCAUCUGGACAGCAAAUGUGACUUGUUUUUACCCAGAUUCCAUUCCAUCAUUUUAGUCUGCCAUCAAUAAUGAUUUAUCUUGUAAGAAUAUUGAAUGAAUGAAAA